UCUUUCCGCGGACGGGAAAGAAGAAUAAGCUCUGGUUUAGUAGCGCCGUUGAUAUCCAUUCCAAUCUCUCUCUCUCUCUCUCUCUCUCUCUCUCUCCCUAUACUCUUCGAAGUUCAUCGGCUGCGUCAGAAGAUUUUCUACAGCGAACGGAGAGAAAUCAACGGGCACGAACUCCGGCAAGCGGACGGCGAAUCGAUUGGUCGGAACCCUAAUUUACUCGCGGCGCACGCCAGACUGUAAUCUGUUUCUGGAAACCCUAGAGGUACCCGUUUUUCAACCCUAGGGUGGUGGUUCUUGGUGGCUGUACUGUUGAAUCAGUGAAUUCUUGUUGUUGUGCGUGUGUGUGGGGGGGACAGGGGUUGUGCCCCAUGCGAUUGAGCGGUUGUUUUUGAUGCCGCCAGAGCCAUUGCCUUGGGAUCGGAAGGAGAGGAAGCACGAGCGGUCGUCGGAGCCCUUAGGCCCCGUGUCGCGAUGGCGAGACUCUCCUCACCACCACGGCUCAUCUUUCUCGUCCCGUGACUUCGCUCGCAGCAGGCCUCCAGGUCACAGUAGGCAAGCUGGUUGGCACCUCUAUUCUGAAGAAUCUGGCCAUGGGCUCACGCCAUUUCGGUUCAAUGAAAAGAUUUUGGAUGAUGAGAACUGCAGGCCAUCUGGUACACGUGCAGAUGGAAAACAUAGCAGGAAUAGCAGGGAUAACAGGGGCUCCUCUAGCCAAAAAGAUUGGAAAGGUCACUCUUGGGAAAAUGGUGCAUCCCCACAUGGUCCUGGCAGACCAGUUGACGUGAGUGAUCAGAAGUCAGUUGAUAAUAUGCUAACUUGCAAAUCUUAUCCUCCUGACUUUAAAAACACGUGGGAUCCCAUUCACUUCAAAGACCAGCAUGAUAAGACCUGUAGUGUCAAUGGCUUGACCACUGGCCAGAGAUUUGAGAGAGAAAAUUCACUGGGUCCAAUUGAUUGGAAGCCUCUUAAAUGGACUCGAUCAGGUAGUCUGUCAUCACGGGGUUCUGGCUUCAGCCAUUCAAGCAGCUCAAAGAGCAUGGGAGUGGAUUCUGCAGAGACAAAGUCCGAGGUGCAGCCAAGGAAUGCUAGUCCGGCACAGUCCCCUUCGGCAGAUGCUCUUGUCUGCACUACAUCAGCUGCUCCGUCUGAAGAAACAAAUUCCAGGAAGAAACCUCGUCUUAACUGGGGUGAGGGGCUGGCCAAGUAUGAGAAGAAGAAAGUUGAAGGCCCUGAUGAUGGUGCAACUAAUAAGCAGGGAAUUGUUGCCUGUGCUAGCUUAGAACAUUUGCCUUCUCCUGCCUCAAACUUGGCUGAUAAAAGCCCUAGAAUUGCUGGAUUUUCAGAUUGUGCUUCCCCUGCAACUCCCUCCUCAGUUGCUUGCAGUUCCUCACCAGGUUUGGAGGAGAAACCAUUUGUCAAGACAGCGAAUAUUGAUAAUGAUGCUGGCAAUUUAAGUGGUUCCCCGCGCGUCCUGUCUCAGGAUCAUCUUGAAGGCAGGGAGUUUAAUUUAAAUAAUUUGGAGAUCACUCCAAUUGCUAAUUUAAUCUCUUCCGUAAGUGAACUCCUUCAAUCUGAUAAUCCAGUUUUAGUGGAUUCUAGCUUUGUGAGAUCCACCGCUAUCAACAAGCUGCUUUCAUGGAAGGGCAGUAUUUUAAAGGCAUUGGAGACCACUGAAUUGGAAAUUGAUUCACUUGAAAAUGAGUUGAAGUUGUUAAUAUCUGAUUCUGGAAAUAGUCCUUGUCCAGCAGCAUCCAGUUCUUUGCAAGACAAAUGUGAAGAAAAGUCACGUGAAGUAGUCACUUCUAAUUUAAUUGGUAGGCCUGCAACACUGCAGCUUCCUUCUUCUGAAGACAUGAUUGCUGAGAAGGUAGUUAGUGGGUUGGUAGAAGAACAUGCUCAAAGUAGAGAUGAGUAUGUUGACAGUCCGGGCACUGUAACAUCUAAAUUUGUUGAGCCCUUUUCUUCAGUGAAGGAUUCUACUCUUUCUGAUCCAAUUAAGCAUGGUGAGAGCCCUGUUGAUUUGGAUUCAAGUAAAUGUAGAAACCUGGAGGUGGAAUGUGCAGUUUAUCCUUCCAACAAGGAGAAGACAGGUUUAUCAGUUAGUGAUGGUGAUGGCCAGCUGAUAGCAAGCAAGAGCUAUCCUGCUUCUCCUGACAGAAAUGACAUAUCAUGUGAUCUGAUACUAUCUUCCAACAAAGAUUCUGCCAAUCAAGCUUCUGAAGUAUUUAAUAAAGUAUUGCCAUCUGAAAAUUGUCAUAUUGAUACCUUCAGUACAAAUAAUGGCCCAAUUGAUCCACUGGUCAAGGAAAAGUUUGCAAUGAGGAAGCAUUUUUUAACAUUCAAAGAGAGAGUUAUUGCUGUCAAAUUCAGGGCAUUUCAGCAAUUGUGGAAGGAAGAUAUGCGAUUGCUUUCUAUAAGGAAAAAUCGUACAAAAUCUCACAGAAGAUUGGAACUUAGCUCCCGUAUAACACAUGGAAACUACCAAAAGCAUCGGUCCUCUGUUCGAUCUCGUUUUUCUGCCCCUGCCCUGAAUCAAAGCCUAGUCCCCAAUACGGUGAUACUUAAUUCAAUGAGCAAGCUACUUUCAGAUUCAUCGUUCAAGCUUUACAGGAAUUCACUUAAAAUGCCUGCUUUGAUCUUGGACAAGGAGAAGACAAAUUCAAUGUUCAUUUCAAGUAACAGUUUAGUUCAAGAUCCCUUUGCUGCUGAGAAAGAAAGGGCUAUGAUUAACCCUUGGACAACAGAAGAGAAGCAAAUAUUUAUGGAUAACCUUGCCACUUUUGGGAAAGAUUUUGGGAAGAUUGCUUCUUUUCUUGAUCACAAGACAACUGCUGAUUGCAUUGAGUUCUACUACAAAAACCAUAAGUCAGAUUCUUUUGUGAAGAUAAAGAAGAAACCCCAGUUUGCUAAUAACUACCUGGUGACAUCAGGGAAACGGUGGAAUCCUGAGAUAAAUGCGGCAUCCCUUGACAUGUUGGGUGCAGCUUCAGCAAUUGCAUCUAAUGCUGAUGGUAUGGAAAAUCAGCGGAAAUGUACUGCAAGGUUCUUGCUGCGGGCGCCUAGUGAUCAUAAUAUUCCUCAGGGUGAUGUUGACUUCAAGGAGGCAGGUAGUCCUCACUCCUUUUGUAAUGAAAGAGAAACAGAGGCUGCUGAUGUCUUGGCUGGUAUCUGUGGUUCACUAUCAUCAGAAGCAAUGAGUUCUUGCAUCACAAGUUCUUUUGACCUUGGAGAGAGUUACCCAGACUGGAAGUGCCAAUGGUUGUGCUCUUCAAUUAGACGACCUUUGACACCUGACGUCACACAGAAUGUUGAUGAUGAGACUUGUUCAGAUGAGAGUUGUGGGGAGAUGGAUUAUACUGACUGGAAGGAUGAGGAGAAAUCAAUUUUUAUACAGGCUGUAUCAUCUUAUGGUACAGAUUUUGCUAUGAUUUCAAGAUGUGUGAGAACAAAAUCAAAGGAUCAAUGCAAGGUCUUCUUUAGCAAGGCUCGCAAGUGCCUUGGACUGGAUAAUAUUUGUCCUAGGCCUGAUGAUGGAGCACCAAUAAGGGAUGAUGCUAAUGGUGGUGGGACUGACAAUGAAGACGCUUGUGUUGUGGAGGCUUGUUUAGUUGUCUGCAGUGAGAAGUCAGGGUCUAAAAUGGAUGAAGACAUGCUACUCAGUGAUUUUAACUUGAAACAUUGUGAAUCUGAUCCUAUGGUGACCAUGAGCUUGCAGACUGACCUGAGUAUUGAGGACAACAAUGGAGCAGGAAAAAUUGAUUGUAAAGGUCAUGAGCGUCAGUUGGUGCCCAUGCCCACCCAUAACUUGCAGGCAGAGGGUAAACUGGAGAUUGAUAUUAGUGGUGAGAGUAAGAUGGAAAAUGGUGUUGAUAGCACCCCUCUGAUGGUGCAGCCCCAGAAAGAUGCUCAUCUGAUACCUGCUGAUAUUGAAGCUGAAGUAGAUGAAGCUGCUGGAGAAGGCAAUUCUAUGGCAGAACCAAUGGCUGUUGAAGAGCUUAAUGAUCAACAAUGUCUUCCUGUAUCAGGUGCUGGGGAUGAGCUUACAGGUGUGGCUUCGGAUUCUACUGUGCUUCUUAAAUCAGAACAGGAAGGGUUGAUGGUAUCAGAAAAUAAUUUAAAUGUCAAGCAAGAUGAAAAUGGGGUUGCAAAUACAGGUGACUUGAAUUGUCUUAAUAAAGAUAUGCAUUCUAAUGCAAAUGCUUCUGAUCUUGCUGCAAAUACAAAUGCUCCAAUGGACUUUAACAUUUGCCCCAAACAGGAACAUGGUCAUAAGAUUAUCCUGGACUUGAACCCUCCACACAAGCCUCAUGCAAUCUCAGUGGAGCAGGAUGUUUUGCUGGUAAAUGCAAAAUGUAUGAACGAAGACUCUUCUGCUAGUCAGUACAAGCAGACUAUCAGACAGGAUCCACCGUUGGUGUUGGAUUUCCGUAAUAUCAGUGAGUGGCAGUUGAAAAAAUCAACCAGCUUGGAUAACGAUAGCCUGCUUCAGCCUGGAUCGGUGUUGGGCCAUGUAGAGUCCCACCAAGUUCUCAGUGGAUAUCCAGUACCAGUGAUGGCCAAGAAAGAGAUGAAUGGGGAUAUUGGGUCCUUGAAACUGGCUUCAUCUCAAAGCCUAUCAAAAGUUAAGGGGGAUUUUGAUGGUGGUAUUUAUUUGUCACAGGAAUGCUUUCUUCAGAAGUGUAAUAGUCCAAAAGCCCAGACUUCAGUGGUUGAGCUUCCGUUUCUGUCCCAUGAACAGAAAAACACUCAUUCUAGACAUCAUUCAUGGAGUUCUUCUGACAGUGAAAAACCGUUCAGGAAUGGUGAUGUGAAACUGUUUGGCAAGAUUUUGACUCAUCAGUCAUCUCAGCAGAAACAGAAUACUAGCUGUAUCCAUGAGAAUGAAGACAAUGGGGUUGAACAUUCUAAGUGCCUGAAAUAUAAUGGUACCAACAGUGUCGACACAAAUUCAGUUCCAGCAAAGUUUGAUAGCAAUAAUUAUCUGGGCCUAGAGAAAGUUCCUGUGAGAAGUUACGGAUACUGGGAUGGAAAUAGAAUACAGACUGGGUUUUCUACCUUACCUGACUCUGCUAUCUUGCUAGCAAAGUAUCCAGCUGCGUUUGGUAAUUACUCAACUUCAUCCAACAUGGAGCAGCAGCAGCAGCAGCCAUUGCAUUCAGUUGGUAAGAGCAAUGAGCGCAAUCUGAAUGGUUUAUCAGUUUUUCCCAGCAGAGACAUGACUAACAGCAAUGGAGUGGUAGAUUACCAUUUGUACAGGAACCGAGAAGGUAUUAGGGUGCAGCCAUUCACAGUCGAUAUAAAGCAGCAGCAGCAGCAGCGACAAGACGUGUUAUUCUGUGACGCACAAAACCGGAACGGCUUUGAAUCCAUACCGAGUAUACAACAGCAGGCUAGGGGGGUGGUUGGGAUCAAUGUUGUGGGGAGAGGAGGAAUUAUCGGGGGAGCUUGCACUACUGGUGUUUCGGACCCCGUGGCGGCCCUUAAAAUGCACUAUGCCAAAACGGAGCAGUAUGGCGGCGGUGGCGGGAGCAUCAGCAGAGAGGAGGAAUCUUGGAGAGGUGGUGAGGGGGGGGAUGUAGGCAGGUAGAAAGAAGUGAGUUGCAGUGGAGGACUAGGCUGGACUGGAAUUGAUCUGGAGAUGGCAAAUUCUUUCUUUUGCCUUUGCCGUUGGCAUCCAUCCUUUGUAUAAUAGUUUUUGUAACUUUGAAUGAAUGAAUGAAUGAAUGAAUGCGUCGCGCAAAUCGAUAGGGCAACAACAAUGGCCGGCCCCCAAAAUCCGUCAGUCUUUUUUUUUUUUUGGGUGAAAAGGGAUUUGUAGGUGCUUGUAAAAUUUUAGCAGCCAGCCAGCUAUCUCUCUCUCUCUCUCUCUCUCUCUCUCUGUAUUUGUUGUAUGUGAUGAUGAUAUGAAGAUGAUGGAAAUGCAGAAAUAAUCUGACACCAAAAGCAACUUAAAUUAUUAUUUUGAUUUUGCGUUUAUUUACCGGGUCCCAGUCAAAUGAAGAUACUGACAAAUCGUGAUCCCCCACAGCCUAUUUGACGUAAGCUGGAUGGUCACCUUAAUUUAUUCUCUCUAUGUUUUGACUCA